AUGUCAGAAAUAAUUCAACCUUUAACUGUUGUUAAAAUCACAAAAAAUAAUGGUCCAUUAGCUCAAAUAUGGCUGGCCGCUAAUAUGACCAACUUAUCUCGUGGGUCUGUUCAACAAACUGAUGUUGUAGAAUCAGCUAAAGAAUUAGCAAAAGUAACAGGUUGUAUAAAAACAAAUAAUAGUGAUCGAAAUAACAAUGAAGAUGAUAAUGAGGAUGAAACUUUUAAACAUAUCACUCUAAGGACUUCUGGUGAAUUAUUACAAGGUAUUGUUCGCGUUUAUUCCAAACAAGCUGGAUUCUUAUUAUCAGAUAUUAAAGAUACUCUAUCGAAGAUCAGUGCAUUAUUUAAAACAAAUCAAAGAAUUAAUAUCACUUUAAAUAAAACUAAUACAAUAACAAGAAUUGAUCAAUUGAUCUUAGAAGAUGCUGUGACAGAAAAUGAAGUUUUGACUACUCCAGGUUUAGAAUUCUUAGAUGAAACUCCAAUCCCAACUGGACUUCUUGGAAAGGAUAAUGCAUCACCAAGAAAAGUACGAGGUGCAGUCCCAUGGAUGGGGGAUACUUCAAUUGAAGUAGGUAGAAAAUUUGGUACGGAUGAAGCUCUAGAUGAUCGUAUUUCUUCUGGGUUAGAUUUAAAUUUUGACAUUGAUUCCACAAAUUUAUCAAAUUCUCUACAUUCAAAGACUUUCGAAGAAGGUACUCGUAAUACUACUAAUAACGAUAUUUCAAUUAUAACAAGCACAAAUCAAGAUAUUCAAAAAGAUACUUUCAUGUCAACGCUAGAAAACGACGAUUUCGGUGUAGAAGCAAACCAAAGUGAUGUUGAAUGGGAUUUGGGUAUUACAGAAAAUGACAAUAUCAAUAAUAAUAAUGCAAACAAUGAGAACUAUAUUAAUGAUGCUGGAUCAGAUAUAUCUAUAGAAACAGGUAGAAGAGCAGAUGAUAUGUCUAUGACUAAUGAACCAACAGAUUUUGGUUUCAAUUUGGAUAUUGAUAAGGAAGAUAUUAAUAUGAUUGAUGAAGAAUCUGAAAUUGAACCUACAGUUGAGGGAACCAAUGAAGUUAAAGAGAAAACUAGAGAACCUCGUCAUAGAAGAAAUUCAGCUUUAAUAAAUGUAAAUGCAAUCCAAUCAGAUAAAGAUACUGAAUUAAAUCAAAGAAUAAUUGAAAAUAGACACACUGUAAAACAAUAUAGUGAUGUUAAUACUAGAAGAUCUCAACCAUUACAAAUGACUCAAAAAAGAUUAUGGACUCAAGUAACAGAUAGCAUGUCAUAUUUACCAACGAAUAUCUUGCAAGAAUUAAUCAAUUCUAAUGCUUUGAAGAGGCAAAAAUUAAAUCCCAGCGAUGAUUCAGAUGAUAAUGUAAACUUUUCACUAAGUAUGGCAGAUGACAAUGGUAGUGAUGGACUUGAUGAGGCUCCACUUGAUCAACAAGAACAAAAUAUUGGAUCUGAUAUUGAAAAUGAAAUGCCCUAUGAGGCAAACAUUGAUCAACCUACUGACUUAGAUCUCAAUGACGAUGCCUUAAGUGAAAAUACCAUUCUAACAGAACAAUCACAGAGCUCUUCACAAUCCCAAAAAGUUAAAGUGACAACUGGUGAGACAGUUUCCGAAUCACUUGUGAAUAUGGCAGAAUUAUUAAGAACACAUUUCAUCGACAACGAUUCAGUUGAUUUUGAGCAAGUAUUGGACAUUAAAACUAAGAAAAACUUGACAGAAGAACAAGUAUUCGCUCCCACUACUACUAAAAAAGUAGCUAGUAAAUCAUUUUUCGAAAUGUUAUCUCUUGCAAAUACUGGAUGUAUUGAGAUGAAUCAAGAGGAAGAAUUUGGGAAAAUUGAUAUCAAAACAACUCAUGUCUUGUAUGAAAAGUUUAUAGAAGUUUAA